CAAAUCCACGUGCAUGUUCCCGUGAAUAAAUCCGGCCGUGCGCGCUCCCGAGGCGCUCCUCGCGCUGAUGCUGCUGAGCGACAGACGCGUCGCGGGGAGUUCACACGCAAACACGACGUGACCUGAAACUUCCAGGGAUUCGUUUUUUCACUCAAUAUCGAGGUUUAACGCAGAUACGCGGAUGAAGUGGCAGGAAUAAAAAGCGUUUUUAGCGGGUUUUAUCGAGUCUCAGGUAAACACACCUGUGCGCGUGACGCGCGGAUGAUGGAUCGCGCGUUUCUGGACUGAGAAGGACACGCGCCUGGCAGCAGGCUGUGAGGGCGAUCAGAGAGAUUCUUUGGGAAUUGUUGGUAAUGAGAAGGAGCGGCCACUCUGCCAGCUGGCGGGUCUCCAGAUGUGUGUGGCUGCUGAUUGGAGGAGGGUGUACUGGUGGGUGGUCCUCCAGUGGAUAGUAGGUGCGGCACUAGCAGGGCCCUGUGCCCAGCGCUGUGACUGUUUGCCAAAGCUCCUAAUGGUCAACUGUUCAUCAAGACAACUGACCUCUGUUCCUGAGGGCAUUCCGGAAUAUGCCCAGAGGCUGAACUUGACUUAUAACCGUUUAAAGACUCUGAUGAAGCGGCAGUUCUCUGGCCUAACGCAAUUACGGGAGUUGGACCUUAGUGAUAACAUGCUGACAAUCAUUGAGGUUGAAGCCUUCUUCGGCCUGCAAAACCUCCUGACGCUGAUAGUUUCCCGCAACCGUCUGAAGAUUAUUUCAGUUGGAGCAUUUUCUGGCCUUCCAAAAGUUCGACUGCUGGACAUCAGUGAGAACGAGAUCUUGGUGUUCCUUGAUGACAUGUUCCGAGAGAUGCCGUCUCUGCAGAAGCUGGAGGCCAGUGAGAAUGAUCUGGUCUUCAUCUCAAACCGUGCAUUCAGUGGUCUGAUAAACCUGCAAGAGCUGAACCUCAACAGGUGCAACCUGACAUCAGUGCCAGUGGAGGCGAUGUCUCAACUUACCGGCCUCUUGCAGUUGCGUUUCUGCAGAAUGGGGAUCACCACAUUGCCCAAUAACUCAUUCCACCAGCUGAGCCGUCUGAGGGACCUCAGAGUGUCUCACUGCCCCUGGCUGGACUCGCUAGCCAUCAACAGUCUGAUUGGACUCAAUCUCACCUCCCUUACUCUCAGCCACUGUAACCUGAGCUCCAUACCAUAUUCCCCACUGCACCACCUGGUCUACCUGCGCUACUUGGACUUGUCCUACAACCCCAUUACCAGCAUCCAGUCCAAUCUCUUGGGGGACUUGUUACGAUUACAGGAGCUGCACUUGGUUGGCGCGAGUUUACUGAGAGUGGAACCUGGUGCAUUUCGUGGUCUUACCUUUUUUCGCCUACUCAACGUGUCAUCCAAUCGGUUGGUGACGCUGGAAGAAUCAGUGUUCCACUCCGUAGCUAAACUGGAGGUGCUGAGGUUGGAUAGGAACCCACUGGCUUGUGAUUGCCGUCUGCUCUGGGUAAUGCGUAGACGUCUGCAUCUUCGCUUUGAAGGGCAGCCACCAACGUGCAUAUCACCUGUGCAGGUGCAGGGGAAAAGGUUCGGUGACUUUACAGAAGCGGAACUUCCAUGGCUGUUCACCUGUCGGCAUGCACGUAUUCUCACUCGUAAACCACAAGAUGUUCGUACAGAUGAGGGUCAUAGUGUCCUGUUCUUCUGUGAAGCAGAUGGAGACCCUGCACCUUCUAUCACUUGGCUGAAUCCGAAACGCUCCCUCCUUACAGGAUCCGGUAGAAUUCGCGUACUAAGCAACGGGACUCUUGAGGUGCGUUACGCACAGGUUCAAGACAGUGGCUACUACCUGUGCAUCGCUUCCAAUGCUGCGGGAAAUGACAGCAUUUCAGUGAGCCUGUGGGUACGUGGAUUUCCUUCUACUCGAAACCGUUCUGGUCCCUUCUUUCUGGAGGGGUGGAACAUUGUGUCUGGACAAGCACCAGUCAACGGCUCUCAGGGUUCACAGCAAUUUCCGUUUGACGUGAAGACGCUGGUGAUCGCGGUGACAAUGGGUUUCUUGUCAUUCCUGAGCUCGGUGGUGAUCUGUUUCAUCUUCAUGUUUUUCUGGAGUCAGAGCAAAGGCCAAAUCAAACACACAGCAACUAUUGACUUCGUCCCACGCAGCUCUGCAUCAGCGGGAGGGGGUGGAGGGUCGUCCAUGGAGACGGGCAGGUUCACCAUGAAGCUGAUCUGAAAACUACAAAACUGAGUUUGAUGAUGCAUUGUAAUGCAGUAAACUUUUGCCAUGUGCUACCAAUGUAAUAUGAUGAACAAAGUCAUGGCUGACCACCAGGUUUUUCCAGAUUGUCCAGUUUCUAUCUGCUCAUUUCAAAGCCACUGUAAUGAACCUGAAAUUACUUUUUAUUCUCUUUCACACAAAUCAUGAGUAAAAUGUCAGAUUAUAAGUUCAUAAAUACCUUUCGCUCUGUUCCUUACACAGUGCUAUCUAAUGAUAUUUAAACAUUUUUACUGUAGUGCUUGACUCAUUUUAACAUUUGCAUGACAUAAUCAACUACAUUUACAAGCUUGUUAGAGUGUGAUCAAUUUGUGUGGUAGUUCAACUGAUAGAGCAUUACACUUGUGAUGUAAAGGACCGGAGUACGAGUCCUGAAGAGCACGUGAAUCGAAUCGUGAGCCGAAAGUGUCAUAGAAGCAUCACAAAAUGACGUGGUUGUAUUUUUCAUCUCACAUUUGCUUUUAAGACUCUGUCGGUUAAGUUUUAGGUUUAGGGUAGGAAGGUCGGUUUUGUUGAUUUAAAACUCGAUAGAGCAUUAAUCUUAAAACUCCAUCUGUUUGGGAGAACAUUUAACUCGCUUUUAGCACCACACAGUGGACAUUUAACCUCAGAACUGCCUCUAUAUGUGUAGUAAACCACUUAAUGUAAUUUUUAUCAGAUCAGGAUGGUCAAAAAAUCAAGCAAGCACACAAAUGGCACUUUCUAGUCAAUUAAUAUUCUGCACUUUGGGGUUUUGGGUCUGUGUAGAUAAAUUACCAUUUGGAUGUAAAUUUGAGCUGCCUCCUCAUGUACAUUAGAUUUCAUGAUGAUCAAGUUUGUAAUAGUUCAAUAAUGUAUGACCAUUAAGAAAAUACUCAACAUUAACUGAACUUUAUCACUUUCACUUUAUUUUCUGCAUAAAGCAGUGGUUCUGCACUUCCAAAAAACAUGUUCUUACUUUAUAUUUUUGUCUGGUUUUCCAGUAAAAAUAUCAAACAAUUACUUAAACUUGAUAAAUUUACUUUAGCAAAAUGACUACAUUUUUGACUUGUUUUCAGAGAAAUCUAACAAAAUUUAGUAACGUUUAUGAUUAUAACAAGAAAAAACUAUAUGCCAAUGGGGUAAUUAUAUAUAUAUAUAUAUAUAUAUAUUUUUUUUUUUUUAAGUUCAAAGGGAAAACUUGCUUAUUUUUGUUACUCCACUGGCAAAAUGAUUUUUCUUGCUUUAAGCAUAAAUCCCACCAAAUUUUGUUAGAUUUCUCUGAAAACAAAACUUAAUAUCUUAUGCCAUUAUUUUCCAAUAAAAAUAAGAUUUUUUUUUUUCUUUUUUUCUUUUUCGGUAUUACAGAUAUUGCAGUUAUGCUGUUGCUAUUAACAUGUACAAGAUGUGUAAAACAGGCUAUAAACCAAACUAAUCAGGUGAUAGUAAGACUUUAAACUGCAGGAUUGCACAGUAAACCUAUCAUGUGAAUAACAUCCAAACCAAUGGGACUGUGAGAAAUUAAUAAGCUUUUCAGCUGUAAUUGAAAAAAAGAGGGUUUGACUCGUACACUAACCCUUUAAAAUAUUAUUUUAUUUAUUGGUUUAUUUGACAGGGACAAUACAGAAUAACAUUGCUACACAAGUUGAGCAGCAGAUGCUCUAUAAACAUGCUUUAAAAAAUAGACUCAGCAUUUCAGCAUGAUCUCUGAUGUCUUGGUACGGUAAUGAACUGCAUGAAUGCAUGUUGUGUGACUUAAGAAAUUAUGAAGGUUUCAUAUCAGACUUGUACAGGAUGAUUGAAAGCUUAAUUAAGCAGCUAAAGGUGCCGUAAGCGAUUUCAGCCUUUCUACUUCCAAGAGACUGAACCAUUGGAUUAGCCACGCCUCCUCUUUCCAAAACCCCUCCCUCCAAAGAUACCAAAUGAGCUUUAUUGAGACAGACACGAGCAGAAACGGUUGUUAUAAACAACAGCAGCUAAAUAGCGCCCUCAACUGACAACUGUUAUGAACAACAUGGCAUAAAAAUGGCAUUAAGCCUCAAUAAUUCUCUGCAACUACAAUACUAUGAGAACACGCAAAAUGAUUGACAGGUCGAAAGCGUCAUUGUCCGCGGACACAUUUUCAUUUGCUGUUUGCAGAGUCUAGAGCUGUCACAGAGACCGAUGAGAUAUCUUAUUUCAUUAAUAUCUUUCAGGGAGUAGGACAUUUUUUUUUUUCAUACCUUUCAGUGAAAAAAUUGCUUACAGCACCUUUAGGUUCAAAUGAAAAAGAUUAAUGCAGUUUCAUUAAAUCCUUGACUAAUUAUUUAAUUUCUGGAUUAUAUGAUGUUACAUACUGACUGCAGAGAAAUAUGUAAUGUAUCUCAGGUUUGUGUGAAUGUCUGGUACUGAUGCAUGUGUUUAAAAUAAAUACAUUCUUAAAAUUACUGUUAGUGAAAACAGUUGUAUUUAACAGUUGUAAUGCUGCAGACUUUGCACAUGCAAUAUACAGUAUAUUGAUAGAUACAUAAAAAUCUAAACUCAAAAUGUGAAACUUUAACGGACAUUAAAUAUGACCAGUCACUGUUGUGAAGCUCGAACACAAAGUCAAAUAAGAAUGUUUGUUUGUCCAAUAAAGCAAUAAUUCCAAUACAAAUAAAGUUAAUUAGAUCAGGGUCAUUUUGUAACUCCAAAUGUUAGUUUUAUAAGUGACUCACCUUUGAUCUCAUCACAUUUUAGUAUGUUUCUGUCUGUGAAUGCAUAGUUUAUUCACCACUGAAAUGUAUAUCUGGCACAUGAAUAUUAUUUUAUAUCUUGUUAUUAUUGCAGUUAUUAAGGUGAUGAUUUCUAAACGAUUUACACUGAAUUUUGAAUUUAUGCAAAGUGCUGAUGUCUUUAUAUGUACAGUAAGAAUAACCAGUUUAUCCAGUUUGAAAUUUCUGAAAGAAAUGUCUUCCAACAUAUGAAAAUCACGUGUGUUAUCAUAAACAGGAGUUUGUUUGAUCCUGUACUGUAUUUAUCAUAUAACAAAUAAAACAUAUUAUGGAAAACUA